CUCACCUCCUCCUCCUCCUCAGGAACCAGGUGCACCUGUGAUCCCGAGCCAUGUCCUGCUGCAAGCCCUGCGACCCUUGCUGCCAGCCCUGUGGCCCCUGCCCGCUGGCCAACAGCUGCAAUGAGUGCUGUGUCAGGCAGUGCCAGAGCUCCCACGUUGUCAUUCAGCCGCCUGCUGUGCUGGUGACCCUGCCCGGCCCCAUCCUCAGCUCCUUCCCACAGAACACCGCCGUGGGAUCUUCUACCUCUGCUGCUGUUGGCAACAUCCUCAGCUGUGGCGGAGUGCCCAUCAGCUCCGGGGGCUUUGACAUCUCCUGCAUCACCAACUGCUAUGGUGGCAACAGAUGCCGUCCCUGCUAAAUCUGCUGGCAAUGUCUUCAGGCAAGGGCAUCCAAGACUUCAGAACCUUGUUCUGG